CGGAAGUGAUUCAAUUGUCUGUUUUGGUGUUGCUUCUCUCCUCUGGCUGUGGUGAUGAUACCUCGACGCCUUCUCUUUGCUUUUGGUAGUAGUAAGAGGUGUUGGCGAUAUCGGACAGCCUUCACGGAGGCCGGCCGGCGCUGCUUCUCGACACCGGUUUGUGGCGGCGGUUCCCCGGUCAUGGAGGAGAUACUGGCCCGGGUGGUUGUACCUUUACCCACUUACGAAACCAGAGACAAGGCGCCCCCUCCACCUGAGUCCAACAGUCUGGAGUUUAUGCAUUUUUACAAAAGUUUGGACAAUGAAGAUAAACUCAAUUUACUCACAAAACUAUCACAAGACUUUGGGGUUGAUCACAAAAGUGUGUCUGAGCUUGCUGCGAGGCUUUUGGACACUCAACUUCGAGAUUUAGCAACCAUUUUGCAAGCUGAAGACAGGAUACGAUACAGUCUAAUUCCUCGUUACAGACAUUUACUCAGCCAUAUCAGUAGAGUCGAAGGGGGAGUCAAGUUUUUGGUGGAUCUUCGCACCGAUUUGUUGGAAAUAAUUUCAUCUAAAGCUAGCGACAGCCCGCACAUAAGGGAGCUGAACAGCACACUGAAGGGCCUGUUGUCAGAGUGGUUCUCAGUGGGUCUGUUAAAACUGGAGAGGAUCACCUGGCAGUCACCCUGUGAUAUCCUACAGAAGAUUAGCCAGUAUGAAGCAGUGCACCCUGUGAGGAACUGGACUGACCUGAAGCGCAGAGUGGGCCCGUAUCGCCGCUGUUACGCCUUCACGCACGCCGCCAUGCCCGGAGAACCGCUGGUGGUACUUCAUGUGGCCCUGACUGAGGAGAUUUCCAACAACAUCCAG